GGCCUUAAGUUUAUCUUCGAGGUCAUGGAUUGCCCCGAUAGAUAUCGCGUAAUCUGUGCUCAGCUUCAGCUCACCGGUGAUGCUCGGCUCUGGUGGAAUGCCUACUGGAGUAUGCGUCCCGGCGAGAAGGCGGGAUGUACGUGGGAUAUGCUCAAGGAGUUGAUCCGCGAGAAGUACUACCCGACCUACUACCGAGCAGAGAUGGAGCGUCAGUUUCUAUCGGUCCAGCAGGGUACUCGUACUGUUGACGAGUAUGAGAGGGAGUUCACUAGACUUGCAGCUUUUGUUCCUGACUUGGUUCGCACGGAGGCCCAGAGAGCACAGCGUUUCAUUGACGGACUUUACCCAGCAGUCCGUCAUAACAUCGUAGGCCAUGGGACAAAGACGUAUGCUCGUGCUGUUUCGAUUGCCCAGGAGGUGGACGCCAGCAUCAGGAGGGAGGCCGUCCGUGAUCAUCCUCAGCCAUCCGCCCUUGCUCAGUCAUCUUCAGUUCCACUGAUGCCAGCUUUACCAGCUGCCCAACCACCGAAGAACAACAAGAGGAAGGGGAAAGGUGCCCCGAUGGAUAAGAGGACCCGGCGGAGGCUACAUCAGAUCCCAAAGUGCCUGACAUACGGACGACUUAACCGAGGCGAGUGUCGCUUUGGUCAGGAUGUAUGCUAUUAUUGUCACGAUCCCGGGCAUUUUGCUAACAGAUGUCCGAAGAAGGCAAAGCAGCCCCAGCAGCCUCAGCAGCCUCAGCAGCCACCGCAGCAGCAACAGCAGGCCCGAGUCUAUGCAGUUGAUCAGACAGAGGCCGAGCAGCAGCCAGAUACUAUGUCAGGAAUGGUUGUGCUUAAUAAUAUUCCUGUGUUUGCUUUAUUCGAUACUGGAGCGACACAUUCUUUCAUUUCACGCCGAUGUCUUGAUGCCAUCGGAGUUCGCGCUACUACCGCUAUCGAUCCUCUCGAGGUGAGUUUAGCCUCAGGACGAAAGAUAGUGACUUCAGUUAAAGCUUCAGAUCUUAGCCUUUCCAUCGGUGGCCGAGUAUUGUCUACCGACGCGUUUGUUCUCGAGAUGAGGGAUUUCGACCUUAUUCUUGGAAUGGAUUGGCUAUCCUUUUAUCAUGCAGAUAUUAGAUGUCAUGAUCGGGAAAUUACUCUUUAUCUUCCGGGAGACGACUCGAUCACUUUCUUCGGAUCCAGGAAUCGUUCAUUGCCUCAU